AUGCCACUCUUUGGAAACUCAUUAACCAGAAAGCAGUUUCAAGAUGAUGCUGCUGAGAAAUCCGAACUGAUGGGGGAAGUGACCGAAAAUAUAAAUUCAAGACAGCCUGGAGAAAAGCGAAAGAAAGACUCUUUGCUAAAAGAUUUUCGUGAUCUACAUUGUAGCACCUACCCUGCUAGAAACGAGACAUCGAAGAGCGUGAUAUGCACUUCAUCUUACUUCAAUAAUAUCACAGCAGCAAGCCCUGAAAUUGAAUCUGAUGAACAAUCAAAAUCAAAUAAACUACUACAAGAAUUGUCAAAAGCAGAUUUUCUUCAAGAAAUUAAAACAAGUGAUACAAGUAUGCAAGCAACCAAAAUUAAUGAUGACAACUCUAAACGCAAAGCAAAUUCUUCAGAUCACUAUAGAGAAUCUUUAGAAGAUGAUGAAGAUAUAAUAAAUUUAAUAGAGCACAAUCAAACCUUUCAAGCUAUUGGCCAUAAAUGCUUUUUUUCAUGUGCUCUCUAUGAAUAGAAGAAAAUAAUGAAUAUGAAUUAUAAGUCCUUUUAUUUGUAGGUAUUUAAAUUUUUAACAUACCAUGUAACAUACAUUAAAAACUGAAAGUGAGUUGUUUAUAUUCAACUAUAGAGCA